UAGCUCUCGUUAGCUGUUUAGAUUUAACAUUUCUUUUAAAAUGAUCUUUCACUCAGAGGCAGAGGCAUUCGGCGCAGAGCCGCUAGGGGAUGCAGCCCCUGCAGUUGCAGACCCUGAAGAUGCUAGAGGCAGGUCGUCAUCUUCAUCGUCUAAGAAGAGAGGUCCUACCCGAGGUUCAGAAUUACAUGAGAGGACUUCAGUGAAAAGGGUCAUUGGGAUUAAUGAAUUUGGGCAACCGAAUAUAGGGGAUGCAAAUCAGAUCGCAUUCAAUUCAAGCAUUGGUGUUCUCACCCGUGCACACAUUCCGAUCACCUACACAGACUUUCGGUUGGUGCCUCCACAAUACAUUCAGAGGGUCAGUGAUAUCCUGGCAUGUAGUUAUGAAUUUCAGGAUAACCAAGAAGCGUGGUCACCAUACAUUCGUGAUCGCUGUAAGGCUGCUUGGAGAAAUUUCAAGAACACUUUGCAUGCAAAGUAUAUUAAGGACAAGGAUCCUGCAGUUGUGAAAUCUUAUCCUGCCCCUAUUGGUGUCCCCAUUGAGGAUUGGAUGAUCUUCGUGGAUUAUUGCAAUACUAAUAAAUUCAAUGAAUCAAGUUCAUUUAAUUCCAUUAUUUAUGUGUUUUGGCAUGGAUGUUAUGGGAAAAAGGCAAUUGAGAGGAAUCUUACUACUGAUGUUGAGGUUGGUAGGGCUAAGGUGUACAUCCGAGCCCAUACAACGAAGGAUAACAAAGUGUAG